UUCUCUCUCUCACACACUUACACAGAAGAUGAGGUUGCCCUCUCCCAAAAUAUAGUCUGCCCCCAUUGCCUAGUUCAAAGCUUGUGCAUCCCUAAAGCAAGCCGUCAUCCCAGUCAGUUACUAAAGCUGCUAGAAUGGAAUCAGUCCAGCUCUAUCGUUAAACCCACCACUGCCACGUGUCAAUUGCUCCCAAAAAACUCUCUCAAAAGAUGCCCCAGUUAUAAGACCAUUUUAAACUGUAGGCCAAAUCCUCCAUCCCCCAAAAUGUGUUUCUUUUAAGCCUUUAUCGUUAACACGACAUGGGGACUGGAUUGCAUAAAAUGGUAAACCCGCUGUAGCCUCCCCUACACACCCUGACACCCCGCCCUAUCCAUGCCCAACAGGGAACCUCGAUGUCACUCAUGCCUUUCAAGGGCUGCAAUUUGACAAUAGGAACACCCACUACUUAUUAAAUCCUUGCUGAAUGCUGAUUGGCGGAGGCUGACGGUGUAUCCCGCCCCCCGCGGUGGAUUGUUUAGAGUGGCCAGACCGCCAGGGACACAGAUGGCAGCGCGAACAGGAGGAGUAUCUAACGGGACAUGCUGCCAGAUUAAUCUAUUACAUUUCUGACUGCUGGUGUGACAGUGUGAGGCAUCACCAUGCCUCUGGUGAAGAGGAACAUCGACCCGCGCCACCUGUGCCGGGGGGCGUUACCAGAGGGCUUAGGCAGUGAACUGGAGUGUGUGGUGAACAACACCCUCUCCUCCAUCAUCCGCCAGCUCAGCAGCCUGAGUAAACAUGCAGAGGACAUCUUCGGAGAGCUGUUCAAUGAGGCCAACACGUUCUACCUGAGAGCCAACUCCCUGCAGGACCGCAUCGACCGCCUGGCCGUCAAGGUCACUCAGCUGGACUCCACCGUGGAGGAAGUCUCUCUGCAGGACAUCAACAUGAAGAAGGCUUUUAAGAGCAGUACCGCCCAGGACCAGCAGGUGGUAUCCACGAGGAGCGUUCCCAUCCCUGUCAAGGAGAUGUACAACCUGAGUAACAAACCUCCACCUCUCAACAUCCUCUCCAAAUAUAGGGAUGACCACAAGGAGGGGCUGAAGUUCUACACUGACCCCUCCUACUUCUUCGACCUGUGGAGAGAGAAGAUGCUGCGGGACACGGAAGACAAGAGGAAGGAGAAGAGGAAGAACAAAGAACAGAAGCGUUGUGUGGACGGGACGUUGCAGAGGGAGGUGAAGAAGGUGCGUAAGGCUCGGAACCGUCGCCAGGAGUGGAAUAUGUUGGCCCUGGAUAAGGAGCUGAGGCCUGACCACCACCACACACACUCUCUCCACCGGGGGGCCACCUGCGAGGGAUCACUAUCCCCUGAGAUGAGGGGUCUUGGGCCUGACCACCACCAACGCCACUACACUCACUCAACCAAUCAUGCUGGUCACGCCCACACGUACUCCGGCCCGCCUCCCAGUCUCCUGGCUGUUCAGCUGGCUGCUCAGGGAAACGCCACUCUGGACCAUGCCUACAGGGGAUACAACCUGGGCCGCCCCCACAAUGCUCCACCCCCUCUCCCUCCCGUUGAGAACAUGAAUGGAUCCAUGUCUCUACGACCUGUGGACUACAGUAUGGAGGGACAUGGAAACGGCUCCCCUCCACCUGCUCCUCUCAUGCCAUCUGCACAAUCUGCCUUUGCCACGCCCCCCGGAGGCCCACUUCCUCUUCCAGGUCUAAUGGGAUCAGUUGGUGUCUAUGCCCUGCCCCCACCGCCAAUCGCUGGGUCGCUGGUGGCUCCAACUCCCCCAAUGCCUCCGCCCCCUCCUCCAGGCUCCUCCUACUCUACCACUCCCAAGAUGUCCUCCGUGCCCCACAAUGCCCAGCCUGUUAAUGAUGCUCGUAGUGAUCUGCUGGCUGCCAUACGCAUGGGUAUCCGGUUGAAAAAGGGUCAGGAGCAGCAGGAACAGCAGGCUAAGAGAGAGCCUGUAGGGAACGACGUGGCCACCAUCCUCUCCAGACGCAUCGCUGUCGAGUACUCCGACUCUGAAGAUGACUCAGAGCUGGAAGAGAACGACUGGUCCGACUAACACACACACAUCACUCACUCAAACGCUGAGAAGCACAUACAUGUGCACGAUCACAUCCACACAAAAAAUAAACCACUAAAUGGUUCACUGAGUGUACUAAACAUGAAUAACACAUUCCUAAUAUCAAGUUGCACCCCCCUCCUCCUUUUGCCCUCAGAACAGCCUCAAUUCGUAGGAGCAUGGACUCUACAAGGUGCUGGAUGUCCUUUGGGUGGUGAACCAUUCAUGAUACAUGACAAGACUGUUGAGUGUGAAAAACCCAGCAGUGUUGCAGUUCUUGACACAAACCUGUGCAACUGGCACCUACUACCAUACCCAUUCAAAGGCACUUACAUCUUUUGUGUUGCCCAUUCACCCUCUCAUUGGCACACAUGCACAAUCCAUGUUUCAAUUGUCUCAAGGCUUAAAAAUCCUUCUUUAACCUGGCUCCUCCCCUAUACCGAUACUGAUUGAAGGAGAUUUAACAGGUGACAUCAAUAAGGGAUUAUAGCUUUCACCUGGAUUCACCUGGUCAGUCUAUGUCACAGAAAGAGCAUGUUUUGUACAUUCAGUGUAUAUACUGUCAUUAUAAAGAGAACAGUUGUCUAUAGUUUCCACAAACUGCAGUGCAUGCAUAGUAAGCAGAAUUUAGUGCAUGUUUUGUACACUCAGUGUAUAUAUACCAACAAAACAUAAACAAAAACACGCACAUACAGGAUGUAUUUGUACAUGAUAUAAGCUGGGUGACCCCUGGUCACAUGUAGCACUGCUGGUAAAUGAGACUCCUGCAUCAGCCGCUGAAGGGUCCAGAACUGACCAGAACUGGACCUCUAGCGGGGUACUCAAGAUGCACACUCGGGUUCAGCUGCUAUACUGACACUAAUUGCAACUAAACAUUAAGUUCAAUACUAUUACUGUUAACAUUUUAAAACUCUCAAGCAAUGCUCAGGGCAUCUUGAAUACACGCCAGGAGACCACAGUGUGUCUCUGUAUAAUAUGUUUUCCAUAAUAACACUAGUAAAGCCCUGUUUGUGGCACCCCAGGAGUGGCACUCAUCUCAUGUAUAGUUACAGUCUUAAUAAGGGCCUUACUUAGAGAACCCCCCCUUGGGAAGACAGUCUACGUCUUUUUUCUAAUGUUUUUACUGAAACACUUCAUCUAGGACUGAGACCAAUUUUUAUGUGUAGAUUAUAGCAACAGGAAGAUGAAGAGAAGUCAAAAGGAACCGUGUGGACUGUGCUGGUCAGGGUAGCGUUCAGAAGGAACCGUGUGGACUGUGCUGGUCAGGGUAGCGUUCAGAAGGAACAGCGUGGACUGUGCUGGUCAGGGUAGCAUUCAAAAGGAACAGCGUGGACUGUGCUGGUCAGGGUAGCGUUCAGAAGGAACCGUGUGGACUGUGCUGGUCAGGGUAGCGUUCAGAAGGAACCGUGUGGACUGUGCUGGUCAGGGUAGUGUUCAGAAGGAACCGUGUGGACUGUGCUGGUCAGGGUAGUGUUCAGAAGGAACCGUGUGGACUGUGCUGGUCAGGGUAGCGUUCAGAAGGAACAGCGUGGACUGUGCUGGUCAGGGUAGCGUUCAGAAGGAACCGUGUGGACUGUGCUGGUCAGGGUAGCGUUCAGAAGGAACAGCGUGGACUGUGCUGGUCAGGGUAGCAUUCAAAAGGAACAGCGUGGACUGUGCUGGUCAGGGUAGCGUUCAGAAGGAACCGUGUGGACUGUGCUGGUCAGGGUAGCGUUCAGAAGGAACCGUGUGGACUGUGCUGGUCAGGGUAGUGUUCAGAAGGAACCGUGUGGACUGUGCUGGUCAGGGUAGUGUUCAGAAGGAACCGUGUGGACUGUGCUGGUCAGGGUAGCGUUCAGAAGGAACCGUGUGGACUGUGCUGGUCAGGGUAGCGUUCAGAAGGAACAGCGUGGACUGUGCUGGUCAGGGUAGCGUUCAGAAGGAACCGUGUGGACUGUGCUGGUCAGGGUAGCGUUCAGAAGGAACCGCGUGUGGACUGUGCUGGUCAGGGUAGCGUUCAGAAGGAACCGUGUGUGGACUGUGCUGGUCAGGGUAGCGUUCAGAAGGAACAGUGUGGACUGUGCUGGUCAGGGUAGCGUUCAGAAGGAACCGUGUGUGGACUGUGCUGGUCAGGGUAGCAUUCAGAAGGAACCACGUGUGGACUGUGCUGGUCAGGGUAGCAUUCAGAAGGAACCGUGUGGACUGUGCUGGUCAGGGUUUUGUUGGAACAAAUGGGAGAAGAUGUUUUAAAGUGUUUUCCUACUGUGUUCCUUCUGAAGGCGACAGGUGUGUGUGAUGGAGUGGCCUGAGAGUGAGGCUGUAUUCCAUCAUCCACACUCGAACACUACCCCAUGUGCUACACUUAGGAGGAUGCACAGCCAGCAUUGUUUCCUUCUAAGUGGUACUCUAGUAUGGAUAUUGGAACAUAGCCUGAGUGAGUGAGUGAGUGAGUGAGUGAGUGAGUGAGUGAGUGAGUGAGUGAGUGAGUGAGUGAGUGAGUGAGUGAGUGAGUGAGUGAGUGAGUGAGUGAGUGAGUGAGUGAGUGUUUGUGUUGUGAGAGCGUCUGAUUGGAGAUAGGGAAGGAUGAAAGGAGGCUUAAUGGAUAACAGCUGUCUAAUCGCUUAGUGAUGUCUAGCAGAGAUAUGGAAGAUGAAGAAUAGAUUGGAUUGUGUUUAGGGUUGUCAUGGUUAUUUUUAGUGUGAACUCUGUAAACGUUGAACUCUGUGACCCUGAGAAUAAAUACAAAUAUGAGGAAUAAUGGUUGAUAUUCACAA